AUGGGUGGAAAGAAGUGGCAAGCCUACGACGGAUGGCAACACCCACAGCAGCCAAGGCAACCACCCUGGCACUUGUGGCCUGGGUCACGACCUUCUGCAUCUCCACGAGCGGGCCGACGAUACGAUCAUGUGCAAGUCCCAUCCAAGGGCGCUGGAAAACAUGCUAUGCCGGAGGUGGACCACUUGGGCACUGGCAGUAUGCUCCGGGAUGUUCAGAAGGCGCUUACCAAUGCGAAAAGGGCGGACGGGAAAAUACGUCGGCUACUAGAUGCGAAAGAAAAGCGUGCGAAGCAAUGGGAGAUCUACGAGAAAGAAACCAAGGAGGAGUUCUACAAGAACAAGCAGCUUUUCGAGUCGGAUGUCGAACGCCUCAAUGGAGAGAUCCAAGCAACCAAGGCUCAGGGAAAAGAAGCUGCCGAAAUGGCGUGGACCAUUGUCCGCAAUGGCCCACAGGGAAGCCAGAGCUCCUCAGCUCAGGACACCGCAUGGGAGGAACUGUUGCAGCGACCGGACGAGGCACCCACUGGCUUUUUCAAGGAGGCUAUGGAUGCAGCCAGGCGAGCCCACGAAGGCCGAGAGGACCAUGUGGAACCCGGGCGUGGCGGACUUCUCUCGCCAGAAGACGCUGCUCGGUUUUGGCAACACAUGGUCGCGAAUGCCCCUCCUGGGCUAUUCACGGGAACGGCUGGGGACGUGCCAAUGCCACCCGAGAGCAGCAACCUGACCCACACAGAGCGAGAAGAGGAUGCAGUGAAGGCCACCGAGCCCUACAUGCCCUCACCUUCGACCAGAACGCCGGACUGGCCUUUGGAAAGGGGGCCCAGCCCAGGGCAAAAGAAAGGGGCUGUCAGGACUCCCAUCAAAGGAGCCGCCAUACACCCGUAUCAUGUCGAUGCCAGUGGCCCGGGACUCGCGGACAAGCUUAUGGAGAGACGUCAGGCCAUGCAGCCCUUUGGUAUCCCGCCCAACAACACGGACCGAAAGGAACUGCCAAAUACCAGAGGCCCUGUCGAUCUCACGAGCACCGGUGGUCCUACGGUUGGCACGUCGCCGGGUUCGCCAACACAAUCCACAGCGGGAGCCCACAAGCAUGCUGGGAUGCAAGGCUUGGAUGGAAUGGGAUGA